AUGGACUAUGGCAAAACUAAAGCUGAGCCUUAUAUAAUUGUAGAUACUUCAGCCAAGAAAAAGAAACUUCCUGCAAUUUUCUCCAAUCCAACCACUAAACCAACUGGGUCAGAAGCAAUUAGGACUAUUUUAUUAGUAGAGAGUACUGAUAUUUUUAACAA